CUAUAACAGAUAUGCACAAAAACAAGUAAAGAAAAUGAUGAAGAGGGAGAGCUACUUUGCAGUUUUCUUGGUGAUUUGCCUUGUGGCUAAAGCGGCUGCUCAGCAAGCAAGCAAUGUGAGAGCCACUUACCAUCUGUACGAGCCCGAAAAGAUCGGGUGGAAUUAUCUUACGGCCAGUGUGUACUGCGCAACCUGGGAUGCCGAUAAGCCCCUGGCUUUCAGGCAAAAGUAUGGUUGGACCGCCUUCUGUGGCCCUGUCGGACCUCGUGGCCAAGAAUCCUGUGGCAAGUGCUUAAGGGUGACUAAUACGAGGACAAACGCUCAACAAAUUGUGAGAAUCGUGGAUCAGUGCAGUAAUGGUGGCCUGGAUUUGGAUAUCGGGGUGUUUAGGCAAUUGGAUACCGAUGGACUUGGCAAUCAGCAGGGCUUUUUGACUGUCAACUACGAGUUUGUCAACUGUGGAGAUUAAUUUGUUCACUUUCUUCGACAUUGCUGAUCAAUAAUAAUACAUAAAUAAAUGUGGCUAAAUCCUCAGCUAAGUAUUAAAUAAAGGUUUUAGUGCCACAAUUGUAUGACUCACCAUCUUAUAUAUAGAAAAUAAUGGCCGUUUUUAUUA